GGGAGCAGCAGGCAGUUGACUGCCCUGGCACUGCCACCCACAACAGAAGCAGUCGGCUCCAUGGACCACCCAGAGUUGCCGCCAUGGAACCACUCCGGACUGCCUUCCAAUAACACAUCUCCCUGCUCCGAGAGUGCAGACUUCCAGUACAUCCUGUUCCCCGUGGUGUACAGUUUGGUCUUCCUCCUCGGCCUAGCGGGGAAUCUCUUUGUGUUGGGCUACUUCCUCCGGACCAAGUCGGCCACUGCCCCAGCCAAUGUCUUCCUGGUGAACCUGGCCACCCUUGACCUGCUCUUUGUGCUCACCUUGCCCUUCCGCAUCACUUAUCACGCCCGUCAUAACGACUGGACCUUUGGCGAAGCCCUCUGCAAAAUCACUGGCUGCCUCUUCUUCGCCAACCUCUACGGCAGCUCCCUCUUCCUGGCCUGCAUCUGCCUCGAGCGCUACGUAGCUGUGGUCCAUCCCCUGAAGCACCUCCAGUUCCGGCAGCUGCGCUACCGCCUGGUGGCUGCUGUGGGGGUGUGGCUGGUUCUCAUUGCAGCCAUCCUGUUCCUAGCCCUCCGUGGGUCCCUGACCAGCCCCUUCGCCGAUGGCCGCACCGCCUGCCUUGAAAACUUCUCUUCCAGUUCCUGGAAGGGGCGCAUCUCGGGCAUCAGUAUUUUUGCUGCCGUGGUUGGCUUUCUGCUGCCUCUUCUUUUGAUCGGUGUCUGCUACCCGCUGAUUGCCUGGCGCCUCCUGGCUUCCCCUGGAUUGCAGGCAAGCUCCCGAGCAGGGAGACGCAAAGCCCUGCGGACGGUGCUGGUGGUCCUUGGGGUUUUCCUGGUCUGCUUUGCACCGUAUCACAUUGUGCAGCUGGUUCACACCUUGGGCCGGGUGGGUGUCCUGGGUGACUGCACCCUCGUCCGCGCCACCUACGUGGCUCGUCGCAUCACUAUGGCGCUGACCAGCCUCAAUGCCUGCCUGGACCCACUGGUUUAUUACUUUGCUGCCGAGCGAUUUGCUCGGCAACCCAACUGGUGGAAGUGUGGCUGUUGUCGACCAGCGAGCCCCCAACGGCCUUUGGGGCUCCCCAGGUUGAUUGCCAGCAAGGCCUCUUCUCCUGGAGAAGCCACAAAGGGUGGCACAGAGCAGUGAGCAGAGAAAAUCUGUCCCUCGGCAGCCGGCAGCCUGUUCACAAUGCGUGAGAGGAACCGAGACACACCACAGUUUCACAGGCGUGAAGUUAGUGCUUGUGCCAGGAACGGACUGGAAAUGGGCAAGCAACAAACACUCAAAGUGGCGCUAACCUGCCUUCAGCUGCUUUGAGGAAGGCCCCCCCCCGCAAGGACACAAUGGGUCUCCACCUCUUUCCCCCCUCCCUUCUCAUGGGGGUUGCUUUGCUGAGCCUGCUGGGAAUGAUUUGGGUAGGGAUAGAUGCUGUUUUUCUCAUUCAUACCCCUUUUAAGUAGAGGAGGACAGAAUAGGUGUAGGAGGUUUGAUUCUGGAGCUGUUUGGAGGCCUCACCUUGCAGCCCACCCCCAGACCCCCGUUCGAUGGGAGGAAAAAGACGGUCCCUGGAUGAAGCAGAAGGACUGGAAACCAAACCCUGCUCUUACUCUUUUGGGCUGCCUUCUAAAAUAAAUACUUCACUUUUGUGAGAAAAUCUGCGUAAGGUAAGGGGGGAAAAAAUCAGAAGGAAUAUUAUGAGCUGCUGAUUAACCUGGAAAACGUUACAUAUAAUGUAGCUACAAUUUAUGUGUUUCUGUAUUAUUGCGAUGCAACGUAAAGAACUUCAAGGUUAGGUAUCUUACAGAGCUACAUUAAUGUCAGCUACAUUAUAGAGUGCAGCCGCUGAGGCAUAAGGUCAUGGAUAAGCUAGCUGCAAUCCACCCUCGAGUCCCACUGCUGAGGCUCAACAGCAAAGUACUAUCAAAUAUUUGCACGCUAGAAGAUGCCAGUAGGGUCAUCCCCACAAUCCUUGCUCUCACAAUACAGAACUACAGUUUGACCUAAAGUUGAACCCUUCAGGUGGGCAUCACCAUGAGGUGUAGUGUUAUUACAAUGCAUCAUCUGGAUGGUUCUUAGAACUGUGGUUACACGUGAUUGCAAACUUCAGCAAUUCUUUGCUUUUUCAGUGUUCCCAGGCAUGAACAAGGACAUGGGAUGAUACAAUGUAUAACCUGUAACAUUUUGCUGCUUUGAAUGUAUAACAUUUGAUUCUUUCAUUGUGUGAGAAAACAUGCAUGUUCUCACAAAUGCCAAUGAUGUAAUUACUAACCAAUUACUGUACCUUGGAGAUUUGUUAACCAAUAAUGAAAUAACAUGUAAAGUAGGUGAGAACUGAGAAACUAAGAAACUAUAUAAAUCCUGUCUGAUGCUCAAUAAAGUUGCUGUUGAUUCUGAUGCUGAUCAAUAAACUUCUGUUGAUUUUUUUUUACUUUUUCUGUUAUUCUAUUUCUAUUCCCUAUUCUAUUCCUAUUCUGUUCUAUUCCUU